CUAGAACUUUCUCGGUAGUCUUCGGAUGGACCUUACUGCUUCCAGAAACCCAUCCCCAUUUACAGUACGUCAUCAAACGGACCCUUUAAAACGUCUGUAGCGGCUGUAAUGGCACAAUAUUCGGGAGCGAAGCAAUAUCAGAGUAUGAAAACACUGUCUCCAGUCGAAACGAUGGCAACUAACGAUCCUCUACCACCUGGGUGGGAGAUCAAAAUUGACCCGCAGACAGGUUGGCCGUUUUUUGUGGAUCACAACAAUCGCACAACGACGUGGAAUGAUCCGAGACAUGACACGAAAAAGAUUUUUUCAAAUGGCCCCUCUAUGUCCUCAGAGUCUCCUCAGGACAUGCACAAAACCUUUAUUCAAGAGAUGAGGCAACCAAUGCUACGCCAGGGCUACAUCCCCAUCCCAGUCUCCCAUGAAAACACUGAACCCAGGCUGCAGCAGUAUCCAAGUUUCUCUUACUUCCAUCCAGCAGUGCAGCAAAACUUGAGAACAGAUGGACGUACACCUUCCCCGACCCCAGCAACACACUGUCGGCCUAGAUCUCCAGUGCAGGCCCCAUCAGAGGCAUGUUUGUCUUGCUCUCCUGCUUUACAUGGGCCUGAGGUUCAUCAACCACAGGGGACACACCAACAAAUUAGUGGCCUUCAUCAACAGCCCCGACCCAGCAGUACAGGUCUCCGGACAGGCUAUAUCCCUAUUCCGGUGAUCCAUGAGGGUUUAGGAGGGGGCCUACAGUCCCAGCCUAGCCAAAGUUCUCAUCCCACACGCGAAAAAAUCCCAAUCUACCGUGAACAAGUGCCCAUUCAGAUUCAACAGAACCGCGCUGCCAGUCCCAUCCCGGUCCCCUUAAGGGCCCAGUCACCAGUCAUUUCUCAGAUCAUGGGAGAGAGACCCCAGAUCCAGCAACACAUUGGACAUGCAGUAAUACCACCUAAAGCUGAACAACCAGUUGAAGAAAUUGUCAGAGCGUCGCCUGCAUUUGAGUUUCCCAUUCAGAGAGUUAGUGACGUUUCUCAACAAAUAUAUCAUCAGCCAGUACACCAACAGCAACAAAAACAACAACCUACACAAAUACCUCAGCCAAAAGCACAACAACCUACACCGCAGUCACCGCAGAUAUCAGAGACAUCCAAUAUUACCAUACAAGUUCCUCCAGCACCAGAACCCCAGGAAACAGCUGCCCCUCAAACACCUCAAGACGUCCCACCUCCAUACGUCCAGCCUGAGGAGACUCUGGAACAAGAUCUGAGUCACCCAGGACUGAUCAAAGUGCAUCAGAUAUUGGAACGUGUGGAGAAACUGGCACAGGAGGUGAAAUGUUUCGAUGGGAAGAAGAAUGAUAAAAGAUACUUGUUGCUGGAGGAGAUGUUGACCAAAGAACUGCUGGCUCUGGACUCGGUAGACCCUGAGGGUCGCCCAGAUGUGCGUCAGGCUCGGAGGGAUGGUGUCCGCAAAGUUCAGACCAUUCUAGAUGAACUGGAGGUGUUUGGAGAGCAGUUGGAAAAGCUGGCUGGUGACAAGUGCCGCGAGGCGAAAGGAGAGCCAAGUAUGAUUUAUCAAGCAAAUACAGAAAAGGUCAAGGAGAUUUCAUAAUCGCACAAAUUUGAGAAGAACACUAAUCAAAUCCCCAUUCUUGUUUUUACUUGCACAAUUACUAUUAGUUGCAUGCACGAAUAAUUGAAGUUUUCUGUUGGAAAUUAAAUUAUCUUAUGUGAUUUGUUUACUGAGUGCAAUCAUGUGUGCUGUUAUGUGAUGCUGCUGUUGUCAAAUCUCACCAUGCCAGUGUCUUAUAGCAAAAGACAGUGGUGACACGUUUUAUUCAAAAAUACACAUGAAAACGAGGCCUUGAACCAGAAGAAAGUAUUUUAACGUCCAAUAAGUAUCUUUUAUACCAUGUGGAAUGAAUGUUAAAAUGCUUUUUAAUAAUCCUCAAGAACUUUUUUUUUUUGAAGUAGUGGGCCAUCACAGUGAAAAAGUUUUGAUUUGAUUUGAUUUGUAACAUUUUUCAUGUGUGGACUAAAAUAGAAGAAAUGUAUACAUUUGAAAUAUAAAGGCAUUCAUUUUGGUUUUGAAUUCUGGGAAGGUUUUGUUUAUAUAUAUAUAUAAAUAAUGUAUAAACAAUUAUUGCCUUUUAAUAUAAAUGUUUGAACAUCAUACAGGGAGAAUAAUUCGUUGUUGAGAGCGAGCUUUGCUGACAGAAUUCCCUGAGAUGGUUUGAACUCUUGUCAGUAUUGUUGUUUGUUGAAUGACAGUGACACAAAUAAUGCUAUAUUUUUAUUCUAUUUUUCUGUGCCAAAAAGAACAUUUCAGAUAGUAAGAAUGUUCUUCUUAAAAAUGUUGAAUCUAAAAAAAAACACAUUAUAAAAUUUUCACUGAAUAUAUGGUCGCCUUAUGUUUAAGGAACGGUUUGUUAAAGCAGUCAGGGUCGGUCCAAAGUUGUGGUGAUUCAUGAACUCAAGAGGUACCAAAAUAAUUAUGUUUUAUCAACAUUGUGCCCUUGAGCAAGGCAACUUAAUCACAACAUGCAUGAAAUGGACUUGAAAUGAGUGUACCAAAAAUUACUUUGUAUAAUGUGUCAGCUCAAUUCUGUUUAAAAGAGAGUGCUGUAUGUCUCACAUUACUGUGAGGCUUUUUUUUUAUCACAAUGACCUGUUACUGACUCUGAUAUCGUAGUAAUAAUAAUGCGAACAAAACUGGUUUCAAAGUCUGUUUUGUGAAAUAGUAUGCAAUGUUCAGUGUUCACAGCUUGGAAAUUUGCUGUUUGUUAAAAUGUCGACAUGAUAUGGUCACAUAAGCAUAACUGCAAAUAAAUAUUUUUUGGAAAAUAUAAUAAAGCAAUUUGCUUACA